GAAACGCUUACUGUGUUUGGGCGGUACUUUCGUUGGGUGGUGACUCGGCGGCUGUAAGCAGCGGUAGCUGUCGGGUUAGGUUGUGCCCAGGCAGGUAAGCGAGACCUGGGAAGUGGAGCUGGGGUUGGGAAGAAGGAGCUGCCGCCGCCCCUCAGGUGAGUUCCAGUGAUAGAAUAAACCGCUUUGACAUUGGUAGUGAGGAGUGGACUACAAAGGUUGUCAAAGAUGAACAAACUGCGUCAGAGUUUCCGGCGGAAGAAAGAUGUCUAUGUUCCAGAAGCCAGCCGACCCCACCAGUGGCAAACGGAUGAAGAAUCUGUCAGGACUGGAAAGUGUAGCUUUCAGGUGAAGUACCUUGGACACGUGGAAGUAGAUGAAUCCCGAGGCAUGCACAUUUGUGAAGAUGCAGUGAAAAGAUUAAAAUCCGAAAGGAAAUUCUUCAAAGGCUUCUUUGCAAAAACCGGCAAGAAGGCAAUCAAGGCCGUACUGUGGGUUUCAGCCGAUGGACUUAGAGUUGUGGACGAGAAGACAAAGGAUCUUUUAGUAGACCAAACAAUAGAGAAAGUGUCAUUCUGUGCUCCGGACAGGAAUUUUGACAGAGCGUUCUCGUAUAUCUGUCGUGAUGGAACAACAAGAAGAUGGAUUUGCCACUGUUUUAUGGCUGUUAAGGACACGGGGGAGAGGUUAAGCCAUGCUGUUGGAUGUGCCUUUGCUGCCUGUCUCGAGAGAAAACAAAAACGUGAAAAAGAAUGCGGUGUGACUGCUACCUUUGAUGCCAGCAGAACCACCUUUACACGAGAAGGCUCAUUUAGAGUUACUACUGCCACAGAACAGGCAGAGAGAGAGGAAAUCAUGAAACAGAUUCAAGAUUCAAAGAAAGGUGUGGAUGCUGAAUUAAAAAUGGUGGCAUCGGCUGUCUCUGCUGCUACUACUAUUACUACUGCUGCUGCUACUGUGACUUUGGCCCCUGCUCCAGUGCUGCAAACUUCACCAACAUCUGAGGUCCAUAUAUACCAGGAUAGCAAAGAUAUGAACUACCCCCAUGCAAUUCCACGCAGACAUGCCCCUGUUGAACAGUUAGCCAGGCAAGGCUCAUUCAGGGGAUUUCCUGCCCUCAGCCAGAAAAUGUCCCCAUUUAAACGUCAGCUUUCUCUGCGUAUCAAUGAAUUACCAUCAACAGUGCAGAGGAAGACAGAUUUCCAAAUCACAAACCCAGUUGCUGAAAUGGAAGGAGAGGCUGACAGCAUCAGCGCCUUGUGUUCCCAGAUAACCAAUACAUUCAGCGGUCCAACAGAAGACCCAUUCACAUCAGCUCCUAUGACCAAACCAACCACUCCACAGUCUCCACCAUUCGAAGUAAAUGGCACCACUUCUGCAUUCACGCUGCCUGCCCCUAAACCUGCACCAGUCACUGUGGCCCCCACAACAGCACCAGUUCGGGAGACUAAUCCAUGGGCACAUGCCCCUACAGCUGCUGCCUUACAAGUUACUAGCACAGGAGCAGCACCUGUAGCCACAGUAGUAGGACCCGAGUUCACAUCUAGUCCAGCCUUGGUCCAGUCGAAUCACAAGCGAACUCCUUCAGAAGCUGACCGCUGGCUUGAGGAGGUGUCUAAAACGGUCAAAGCUCAGCAACGCCAGUCCCCUGUGCCUGUCUCUGUCCCUCUUCCUGUUCCUGCCCCUGUGCUCCAGCCUCAACCUUUACUGCAACCUGUUGUUGCUGCUGCACCAAAUCCAACUCAGUCUUACCCAUCAAAUGCAUUUAUACCUCCACCUACAGUGCAAGUUGCCAUAGUUCCCUCUUUACCACCUACCUUCAUGCCUGUGCAGCAACCAUACACUGUGGCUAAUGGAAUGAGCUACGCAGCUUCCAGUGUUCCCGUUGUCGGCAUCACACCUUCACAAAUGGUUGCUAAUGUAUUUGGAGCUGCAGGUCACCCACCUGUAUUUCAGCAGAAGCCUUCACCGGGUCUGGUCAAGCAACAGACUUUCCCCACGUAUGAGACAAACAGCACCACUAGCAGUCCCUUUUUCAAGCCAGCUGUCAAGCAGCAAAAUGGUUCAGUGGCAUUCAACGGAGUAGAAAACAGUGGCUGGGAUUUGGGUGCUAAGCAAGGGCCACCAUCAUCCGCAGCCAUUGACCCAUUCGAAGCCCAGUGGGCUGCUUUAGAAAGCAAAUCAAAGUCUCGUGGAAACCCAUCACCAACAAACCCUUUCUCCAGCGAACUCCAGAAGACUUUUGAAAUAGAACUCUAAAGCAGCAACUAACCUAUCAGAGACUGGCCUAAAGAUUCAGACACACUUUGCCAUAAAUGUUCUAUGAGAUAUAUGGAAAAAGGACCAAUGAUGGACAUGAAAGCUGCAGUACUCACCAAAUCUGUAUUCGGUGAAGACCUGUGGGGAAAAUCCACUGUUCUUCCUCCAGAUCAUUCAUAGGCUUACCUAACAAGCAAGUCACAGAAGAUUUUUUUUUUUUAUUGUGGUCAUGAAGUGGAAGAGUCAAAAUGUACUUUUUAUUUUUUUCCUGGAAAGACACAUGGCCACAAACAAUAGACAUGACUCUCUGCAAAGCAGUAUAGCAGUGCCUGAGCUUCCACAGCAAAAUAAGAGAAUAUAUAUGUAUAUAUGAAGAUUGGGGGUGGUAAUACUGGGGAUAUGUUAAUCCCUGGUCUGCUCGGUACUUAGGGGUGUAAUGCACUUCAGAUCACUGAAUUGUAACCCCUCUACUGGCAGAUAAGGGAAUAAAGCCAAAAUCUUUAUUUUUAUGCAUUACAAAUAUUUUAAAUAGUUUUGGGUUAAUUAAUGGUCGUCGAAGUUUGUAAGUAAUCUUGCCAAAGGUUAAAAUGAAACGGUUGAUUCAGUUGCUAGUAACUGUACAUAAUAAUUGAUUUAGCUGCUAAUUCUUAC